CAUUCGUCCAAGACCGCAACCCGGCCAGGCGUCCCGCAAGCGCGUUUGCAUUCCUUCGCCGGGCGGGGGCGACAACACCUGAGGCCGCGCCCCUCCAGCUUGGCCCUGCCCCCUCAUUGUCUUGCCUACUUCUUGGGCCGCCCUGUAGCGCUGCUGUGGUCGCGAGGUUGGGGUUGGGGGCCAGAACCACCCCAGAGACUCCACGUUGUCUUCUCGGAGGGCUCGGUCGUGCCCUGCUGAGUGGAUCCAUCCUGGCGGCCACCGGUCAGGAGGAGUUAGGGGCAGAGCCCUUGCUGAGUGGAGGGAGCCGGGGGCUGCCUCUCUGUCCCCCAACUCCAGACUCGUGAUCCUGCAGGUGUUGUGUGUGCUGGUGUCGGCGUGUGCAUGAGAAGUCAGGGUGGUGUGGGUGUGCAGGGUGGUUGCAUUGUGUGUGCGUAUUCGUGGGCCUGGAGACGGAUGGGAGGUGGGACGGGUUCCGUCCCCGCUGCUCAGAGUGGGCUGGGCGGAAGCCAGGCCUGUCUGCUGCUGCGUCCUGGUCACAAGCCCAUCGACCAUCCAGGAUCUUGCAGGGUCCCUUAAUGUAAGUGACACAAAUGUACACACCCCACAUGUGGCAAGGGCCACCAGGUCGCACACACUUGGCCACAGCACUGUGUUGCUGACUUAGCCAUACACAUGGGGACAUGGUGUGGGAUAGACUGGUACCCAGUAUGUGGUGGUGGAUACUGGGGAGUUGGAGGGCCUUCCCGGGUGUCUCCUCCAUUCCUUGUCUCCAGGCAAGCUCUCCUUAGUCUAGACGAGGAGCUUCUCUUCCUCAAACCUUAGGAAGUGGGUCCCAUCAGAUUCAGCCCUAUAGGAUCCAGGUAGGACUGAGUAGUCCUAUCCUUUGAGUCUUAGGCCCUCUCUGAAUUUCUGGAUGAAGCAGGAUCAACUAGGGGAUCUCUGGGCCCGUAUCCUCCAUUCCCUUGCUGAACCCACCAAGUUAGCAUUCCACCCAGUUCCUGAUCAGGAGAGGGCUGGACACUGACCCUUGAGGAAGGACUGCGAGCAUGGUCACUGCAGAAAGUCCUCCUGCCUUGGGGCUUCAGGAUGUUGGGUUCCUGAGCUAUAGCUGAAAAGCCUGGCAGUGAGCCUCCCACUGGCCAGUACGUCUCUCCAGCCUGGUUCUGGCUAAGAUGGAGCUAGAAGGCAUGUCUCCCCUAUCCUCCCUACCAUCCCUGGACUCAGACCAAGUCUUUCGCAACAUCUUUGAGACAGGGUGGUUUCCAACCUGUUUUCCAUCCUGAAUUGUACCUGACACUUCUAACUUUGGCCAGCUGGGACCACCUCUGUCACCUCCACCCCAUCUGACACAGGAGGAAACUGGUCCAGCGCUAGAGUGAAUCAGGUUGAAGUGAGAAAAGGGGGACAGACUACCCCAAGGGACUGCCAACGUCAGGCCUGGAGAUUUCCCCCAUAUUCCUCCUGCACACAGCCCUUUUUGGACUGAGAGAAGCAGCUCCCAGCUCCCCUGCCUGGGGGCUGCCUAAAACUCUCUAACCUCUUCUCCAAGAAACAGCCCCAGGGAGCAUUACCCACUAACAGCCAUGCUUCACAACUCUAGCCACAGCAAAGGCCUGGCCUAUGUGGGUAAGCAUCCCUUGAUUCAGAUCAUGGGCACCAGGCAGGCUGAGAGGUACCCCAAGUGGGUAGGUCACACCCAAGUCCAGCCAUAGGUUCUGGAGUCUCUCAGAUCCUGUGUACCCUGACUGCACUAGAUCGGGAGGACAAGUCGCUUCCAGGCAGAAGAAAGCAACAACACUUCCUUUCCAGUUCAGCUUUAUUUUGCAAAAAUUUACAAGGCCUCCUUUGCACAGAGAUGCUUGUGGGGACCACAUGAAUCAAUGUGCCCUCACAGUCCAGACUUAGUGGCAGAGACAGGACACAAGUGCCGUGGUAGACAGUGCCAUGGUCUUUCUUCCUGUGCCCUGGAUAAUUGGAUUAAAAAAAAUUGGAUUUAGUGCUGUGGUAGACAGGAGUGCAAAUGGACCCCCAAAAGGAAGAGAUCGAGGAAGUCUUCCCAGAGUAGAAGAUUUUUGCCAGUAUGCCAGAUGGAGAACGGAGAUUGGCAAGAGCAGAAGUCUGGAAGGUUAUGAGAACAGGGUAGGAAGGACAAGGUGUCCAGAGUGGUAAGCAAAGGGGAAGUAGAUGAAAAUGGAAAAAUAGGCCAGACAGCUCCUGAUGCUGUGGUAUAAGCUUUUGACUCUACAUAGUAGGGACCACUGGCUUCAAACCUUUUCGGCAACAAAGUUUAGGUGAGGCUACCUAGGGACCCUAGCCUUGGUUCCGUGCUCCUGACCUGAUCUGUCUUUUCUUCCACAGGUAAGAUCCUGAGGAGGCAGGAGAGGGACAGGGAAGGAGUAUGGGUAGGGGCAGGGGGAGCCCUGUACCCCAAUACUUCCCCUUUCCUCCUGGAGCCUCCAGUGUCUCAGGCGCAUCAUCCCAGUCUACUGUACCCUCCUGGCCACUGUGGUCCUCGGUCUGCUUGCCUAUGUGGCCUUCAAGUGCUGGCGCUCACAUAGACAAAGACAGCAGCUGGCCAAAGCUCGAACUGCAGAGCUGGGAGGUCUCAACAAGGACCAGAUGCAUGGGGAUAGCAGUGUCUUCCUGGACUCUCCUAGCAGUCUGGAACCCUGUGCCUCCAACCAGGCACCAGGAGAAAGUGGAGCGGCUGCUAGAGGUGUCAGUUGAAACUGACAAGGGCUGGCGGGGACUGGCAGACCAUCUGGGCUACCAGGCUGAGGCUGUAGAAAUCAUGGCCCAAGGCCAGGUGCGAGCCUACACACUGCUGAGGGACUGGGCUAUCCAAGAAGGCAGUGGCGCCACCCACAAGGUGCUAGAGAAUGCCCUGGUUGCCAUGGGCCAGGAAGAUGUGGUCCAGGUCCUGGGCCCCCAAGCUGAGGGCUGCUCUGUGGCAUUAGUGCUGCCUCCAUAGCCUGGCUCCUCGGAGCCUGCUCCGGUGCUCCCGUACCCCCAUCUCAUGUAUCCCUUCAUGGGCUUCCUGGGGUUGCUGGGCUCAGCCUGCUCUGUUCUGGAGAAGAAAACCGAAGAUCCAGCCACCAUUCACUUCCCCUCACCCACCCAUCCCCUCCAGAAGAGGCCCCAGGAUAUGGCAGGGAAGUGGGCAGUGAGGAGUGGUCCUGCCCUUUGGAUCCCUACUCCACCUCCUCUUAAGCCUCAGCUGGUUUUGCUACUUAUGUAACCCGUAUUAAAGGUGGUUCGGACUUU